AUGGCCCUUCCCAUGGAACGACCCCUAGCAGUCAGCAGUCGCCCCACAAGCUUUCCCCGGGGGCACACGCUGGGAGUGAGACGAGGGGCAAAACCCCUGCGCAGGGCGGGGAAGGGCGUGCAGGGUGGGUCUGUGCCCAGUCUGAAGCCGAGGCUCCGUCUUUCAGAGUCCCGCCGCCGGACCAUCUACGAAUAUCACCGCGUGGAGCUGGACACCAGCAAGAUCACCAACAUGUCAGCCGUGGAGUUCACCCCGCUGCCCACUUGUCUCCAGCAUCAGAGCUGUGAAAUGUGUGUGACCUCGGAGCUGACCUUCAACUGCAGCUGGUGUCAUGUCCUGCAGAGAUGUUCCAGUGGCUUUGACCGGUACCGUGAGGAGUGGCUGUCCUACGGCUGUGGCCAGAAGUCAGAUGAGAAGACCUGCGAGGAUUUAGCAGAAGGCGACCGCUAUUCAGCACCUCCCGACAGCUCUUUCUCACCGCUGGAUGAGGAUGUCACCACCUCCACGUCCUCGCUCUUCAUUGACAGCCUCACCACAGAAGAUGAUACAAAGCUCAAUCAGUAUGCCGGAAGCGAAGGUGUGGGAAGCAGCCUGCCUUCCAAGAAAGCAGGUGCCCCGAUUCACACAGGUACUAUCGUGGGGAUCGUUCUGGCUGUGUUGCUCAUUGCAGCUAUUAUCCUCGCUGGGAUUUACAUCAACAGCCACCCCACCUCCAACGCUGCCCUGUUCUUCAUUGAGCGAAGGCCACAUCACUGGCCUGCCAUGAAAUUCCGAAAUCACACCAACCACGCAACGUACUCGGAGGUGGAGCCGACCAGCCAGGAGAAGGAGGGCUUUGUCGAAGCGGAACAGUGCUGAGCGCUUCUCUCCCUGCGUCUCGAACCUCCCAUGUCUCAAGUGUUGGAGUCUUCUGUUAUUCUAUUGCAAAGUCUUUCCCCUCUUGGAAAAGAAACGGCAAGUAGAGGAAAAAGACCCAAUGGAGCAUUUGGAAAGAAAGAGUCAGGGUGAUGUGAGGCUGGAUUUGCCUGGAUUCCCCACGGGACAGCCGAGCCUGCAGCCCAGCACCGAAGCCCUGGAUGUGGCGGUAGAAAAAAAAACGCAAAGUUUUGGUUUGGCGUGGGGUUUUUUGUUCUGUGGUUGGGUUUUUUUUCCCCGCUGUGUGUGGCUGACCUCUUCCCUCCUCCACCAGGACUCUUAACAGGGGCAGCAAAGAGGGGACAAAUCUCGGUAAGGGCAAAAUACGCAGUUGCUUCAAGCAGCAGGCCCCUGGGGACAGCGAAACAGAUGAUUUUUGCUGCACCCUGGCUCUGCCCGCACUCAGGAAAGUCGGCUGGUUGCCUCUUCCCCUCUCCAGGGAGAGGCUGGGUGGCUGGGGGUAGGGGCUGUUGGUGGCCCAGAGAGGCAAGGUUGGCUCUCCAGGGCUCACCUCCCCUCUCCCAUCCCCUCUCUCCCAGCUCCGGCCCUUUCUCCCCUCUCCCCUUCGCCUUCUUUUGGGGCAGGCGACAUUUAAUUUGGUCCUCAUGGCUGAGAAGCCUUGAGCCUUUGUCUUUGCAUCCUGCAGUCGGUCUUCCACCACCACAGCUGCAACUCCCUGCCCUCCUCUUCCUUCAAAGCAAACAGCUUCCACCCCCUGCUCUGGAGAAGGGGAGAAACCUGAUCUAUUUUAAGGGCAAAACCCUUCGGAGGAUUCACCUUCAGGAUGUUUGUGAGCCAAUGGCUCUGAUGCACUUUUUGGCAUCUGACUAGUUUGCUAAAUUACAAUGACCCUUAGCCCAAAGGAGACAAGAGUGUGAAAAACAUCUUAAGAUUCCUUCAAAAUACAUCCUCGAGAUGUGGCCACUAAGCCAGCAGGAACAGAGUAGGUUUUGGUGGAAGAAGAAGGGGACUGGUGAAAGCAGUGUCCUCCCACGGGCUAAAUCCUGAAAUAAAUCCGAGCUCAUUCAUGGGCAUUUCACAUAAAUAAGGUGUGAAGGCAUACACGCCUUGACACCGUUGAAAAUCUGAAAUUCACCGUGUUAACAUCGUAGUUUGUAGAGGCUACUCAAGUCAGUGGAAUUUUUUUCUAUUUGUUUAUUUGAUGACGUCCGUGAUAGGCCCUGGUCUGGAUUUGUACGUAUAUCAUGAUUCCAGAAUCUAACCCUGACUAAGGGCUUUGAGAUUCCAGAAUCUGACCCUACCUAAGGGCUUUCUCAGGGUUUUCUACUCCUUCUGUGCAAUCAGAAUUCAAGACUAAUCUGCAGAAACACUCUACCCUACUUCCACAGACACCAGCUGCAGGAUUGGGCCCCAAACUGAGGAAAGCUUGUCUUAAAAAAGAGACCAAAGUCCAGUGUAAUGUAAAGUUUUCUUUCCCCCACCAAAAAAAAAAAAAAAAAUGUUGGUUGUAUGGGGCUUCUUUUUCUUUUUUUUU